AUGCACGAGUGCCUCGAAGUGUUCGACAUCAUAACUCUCAUAUUUGGAACUGUUCGGGAUGAUCCUAGUCGCGUCGCUAGCCAAACUCUGAUUGCUUUAGCAGUCACUUGCCGCGCGUUCCACGACGUCGCACUUGAUAUUCUGUGGUUUAAACAAACUUCCUUGGUUCCCCUACUCAAGAUCUUAUCACACAGUUUCUGGAAGGAGACUCCAAAUGUUGGCUUUUAUCGCACAUUUACAUGGUCGGCUUUUGUGUUCGAAAAACUGGAUUUUACCAGGUUCGAUUCCUACGCACAGCGGAUCCGAUACCUUGAUUAUGCACCAUACGCUUGGCACAAGCAUAUGCCCAGCUCACCAUACGACUUGGAUUGUCUCACGUACCUUGCUAAAAGGCGAGAUCAUAAUCACUGCUUCUUUCCGAACCUGCGUCGUUUGCGGUUCACCGUUCCCGGCUUCUUAAAGCAGUGCCCCAGGGUAUUUCUGCAGCACAGCUCCGUCUCACUUUCUCUUGAAUGGAAUCAAGGCGACGAAGAUGUCUCCAAGGCACUUUCCUGCAUUGAGAAAUAUGCGCCCGAACUUGAGGGGUUGGACUUGGGUUCUUACAUCAUGAAUCGCGGUGUUGCCCGGGUUGAGAACUGUAGGCUGCUAUCAGCCUUUGUGUGCAAGAUGAAGAACCUUACACGGCUUGCUUGUGGGAGUCUAGCACUGUCCGACAAAGCGCUACUCCACCUCGCGUCUCUACCACACUUGCAAUCCUUGCAAACUCCGAAUACUGUGGACGAUAUCGUGCGAUCUAUCAAGGCACACCCUCCCCUUGAACAUCCUUUCCUAUCUUUACGGCAAUUAUCAGUCAGGGGGCUUGGCGAUCUCAAAUCCCUUGCGAAAUUCCUCGCUUGCAUUCGCCCUGCCCGUAUGAAGAGUUUGAAGUUGUUCUUUGAGAAUUCAAGUCCUGCGCUGGACGUGGGGGAGGCAUUCAUUGCUUUGCACGAAACCUCUUCGCACCACGAAUUACGUGAACUCUCUUUCACGCACGAAGGUAGCGUACCAUCACUGGGAAGCUCGACGAACCGGUUCCUUAUUGAUGAGUGGGUUCUCGGAACACUAUUCGCCUUCACGAAUCUCACUAAAUUCGAGCUCGCGCUCAAGGCCGCGUUUGCGCUGAAUGAUUUGAACAUAAAAGAAAUGGCGGCUGCGUGGCCGAGAUUAAGGAGUCUACAGCUCGGGUCACCGUCAGGUUGGGGUCAACGUUCCGGGAUCACAUUGCACGGUAUCCUUCAUCUUCUGGCUGGAUGUCGCGAAUUGGAGUAUUUGGGAAUAUCGAUGGACAUCUCGCCGGCGUCUUUACCCCCCUUGUCGAUGAUCACGCCGCAACAUGCCAACAAGCGCAUCACGUAUUUGCACGUUGGAGAUUCCUUUUUUACGUCGGAUGGGCCAAAGACGGCGGCGGUUUUAGUGAAGAUGUUCCCCGAUUUGAAUGGGAUUGGCGGCGCUUGGCUGUAUUCCGAGUCGACUUUUCAUCAGCCAAAAUGGGAGCUCGUUAUUGAGGAGCUUUUCAUGAUUAACACUCGGCGGUACAAGCGCCUUUCUUUGUCCUCUUAUUCAAAAUCCUACCGCAAGAAUUUUGGAUGGCGGACGGGUUUGACCGAAGGUUUACCGACCACCAACCAAUUCAAAUUCCUAGUUAACCUCCAUAACGUGAGCUUCAUUCAUCCAUACAUGCUGCCCGCAUCGACCCAGGAAAUUCUUCGAGCGAAGACCCGGAGGAUUCGGGCGCAAUGCUUCCACUUCUCUCCCCCGUUAGGAGCAUGGCACCUCUAUUACAGGAACUGGACCUGGGUUCUUAUAACGUUUCAUGAUUUGUUGUACGGGAAAUUCGGACUUCUCAGCUUGCGUGCUAUAAAUGCCGAACCACGAGGACUUGCGUGCGGUGAUCUAUCUCUGGACGGCUCAGCAUCCUCCACCUUGCCUUCUUGCGGAAUUUGUGGUCCCAAAAUACUGCAGCUUGUAUUUUGCGAGCCCAUCUCAGUCAUGUCUCUCCAUCAUUACACCGUUUGGCCCUUAAACGUGAUCAUCAAGGAAAUGGCAGCAGCGUGGCCUAGACUGGUGUAUCUCCAGAUUUUGGGUGGCAUCGUACCUCGAAUGUCUCGAGGUGAGGUCGUCCCUCAGCCACGCUGAGCGCUCGCCAAGAGCGAACUUGCGCGCUAGAAAUUCUUCAUUGAAUUCCGGAUGCGUUUGGUCCCGUUAAUGAUGGAACCCAUGUCAUGUAACCUAUGAGCGAGUACCUUUGUCCGCAUGGUUUUCUCCUCCGGAUAAGCAAGAGGCUUGGCUGAAUUUUUGGCUAGAGGAUUUGAAGGGUUGAAUAGGAAAUAUCAAAACCCAGGGUGUGCCAACAGCCUGAUGUCCAGUUAGAUCUAAGCCUGUCAAAUAUUGUCGGCGGAGAGGGCAGAGAUGAUUAAUAAAUUGAUUUAGCCGUGCGGGGUUCAUCGAU